GGAGUUGUAGUGUGCGGGCGAUGCGCGGCGGCGGGGCCUGGCGGUGGGCGCAGCUGCUGGGGCGGCGGCGGCUCUCAGGGGCCGGAGGGGCGGCCAUGGCGGAGGCCGGCGCGAUGGGGCAGAGGAUGGUCUGGGUGGACCUGGAGAUGACUGGUUUGGACAUCGAGAAAGACCAGAUAAUUGAGAUGGCCUGCCUCAUCACCGAUUCUGACUUGAAUGUCUUGGCUGAAGGUCCCGACUUUGGAAUGAAACAAAGCGGUAGGAUGGGCUUGCUUUGGGACUGCAUGUCGGACUUUGGUACAAAGAAACAUCAUAGGAAGUCAGGCCUUACGAAGGCAGUGAAAGAAAGCACCAUAUCUCUACGCCAAGCGGAGUACGAAUUUCUGUCCUUUGUUCGGCAGCAGACGCCACCAGGACUCUGCCCUCUUGCGGGAAACUCAGUUCAUGCGGACAAGAAGUUUCUCGACAAACACAUGCCUCAAUUCAUGAAGCAUCUUCACUAUCGAAUAAUUGAUGUAAGCACCAUCAAAGAACUGUGCAGACGGUGGUUCCCAGAGGAUUAUGAGUUUGCUCCAAAGAAGGCUGCUUCUCACAGAGCUCUUGAUGACAUCCGGGAGAGCAUCAAAGAGCUUCAGUUCUACAGAAACAGCAUCUUUAAGAGCAAAACAGAUGAGAAGAAAAGGAAGCUGUUGGAGAACGGUGGCAAUGAGAACUCCACCAGCUGAUCUGACAGUCCUCCUGGACAC